UACAAAGGUAAAACGAAAUAACCAGCCUUGGCUGCUAAGCUUUCGACCGAAUUGUUGUCUCUCUGUCUUCUCUUCUGUAUAAAAACCCCCUGCCAAGAGUAAUUACCAUAAUGACUUCCAUGGCUAACCACCACCAACAACGAACCACGGACAGCCUACAACAACAACAACUCGAACAAGAAAGCCCCAUAAGCUUAUUGCCUGAAGGCUGCAUCGCCGACAUCAUCUCCCGCACCACCCCUCGUGAUGCAUGCCGCCUGGCUUUGGUUUCUAAAAUCUUCAGGUCCGCUGCCAAAUCCGACGUAGUCUGGGAGCGCUUCUUGCCACCCGACUACCAAACCAUCAUUUCUAAGUCUUCCCCUUGGCCGCCGUAUCCUUUGCAUUGUCUGCCUUCUACGUCUUCUUUGCUUGAUCUGGCUUGUAUGUUUCCUUUGCUUAGUCUGCCUUCGAAGAAGAGCCUCUUUCUGAGCCUCUGUGACCAACCGAUUUUCAUUGACGAUGGGAAAAACGUUUGCUUUUGUGAUUUUGUUUCUGGGUUUUGGAUUUCGGGAGAUCUGAUUGCGAAUUUGUCUUUUUUAAUUAUUUAUUUGUUUGGUGUGUGAAUGAAAUUUGUCGAUUAUAUUA